AUGAAUUUAACUUUAACAUCUUCAUUCUUCUUUUCUUCUUCUUUUGCUUUCACCUUUAUACUCUUAAUAGAUGACCACCAUUCAACGAUUAAUCUCUCUGUUGUAUACCAACAGCUAAAUUUAAAAUUCUACGAUAGUCCAGAAUCGACACUACCUUGUUGUCAAAGUUGGCAUGAUAAUGAUGACAAUGAUGUAGAAGAUGUUGAUGGGUAUGAUGGUGUUUGGAUAUGUUUGCAUUGUUUGGAUUCUACCCAGUGCAAAAAACAUUCUUAUAAUCAUUCUUGUCAAGAACAAACUGAUGGUGAUGGUACCCAUCAACAUCAUCAUUUGAUGCUAUUUUUUGAUUACAAGACUGCAUUUGACAAACAAAUUAAAAUAUAUUGUUUCAAGUGUGACCAUCUAUUAGAUACCAAUACUCUUAUGUUGGUAGGGAAUGAUGAUAAAUCUUCUAAUUCCACAAGCAAUUAUAAUGUAAAUGAUAUUUUAGAUCAAAUCAAUGCAUUUAAAUUAAUAUUAUAUAAUGACAAGAAAUCUGAAUGGUAUAGGGAAAAUGUACAUUCAAAUAAUAAUCAAAACAAUGAUUUGGAGAAAAAACAAUUAAAAGAAUCAAGUUUAAAAGGAAUAGCAGAUUAUAUUCAAUCUGAGCAAUGUAAGAAUAUUGUUGUAUUGACAGGUGCAGGAAUCAGUGUGGCUGCAGGUAUACCUGAUUUCAGGUCACCUAAAAGUGGAUUGUACAACAAUAUCAAACAAUUCAACUUGCCAUACCCAGAAGCUAUAUUUGAUAUCGAUUACUUUAAAGUAUACCCUGAAAGAUUCUAUACCAUCUCUAAAGACAUUUUCCCAGAUGCCGAUAAAUACAAACCGACCCAAGUACAUCAUUUCAUUAAAAAGUUGUCAGACCAUCAUCUAUUACGAAGAAACUACACACAAAAUAUAGAUACGUUGGAAAGAGCUGCUGGUAUUCCACUCAAUCAAUUAAUCGAAGCUCAUGGUGCAUUCACCCAUUCCUAUUGUAUGCAAUGUAACAAACAAUAUUCAAAUGAUUAUAUUUUAAAUAUUUUGAAUAGUAAAUGUGAAAGUGAAAGUGAAAGUGUAUCCUCUUCUUCUCCUUCUUUAUCUCCUUUGACAAAACAUCAAGUCCCAAGAUGUAAUGAUAAAGAUUGUAAUGGAUUAAUUAAACCAAAUGUAGUAUUCUUUGGAGAUGCGUUACCGAUGGAAUUCAACCAUUGUCUUGUCAAUGAUUUUCCACAUGAAUCGAAACUCCAAUGUGACCUUCUCAUCGUUAUUGGUACAUCCCUAAAAGUACUGCCAAUUGCGUCGAUGAUCAAUCUAUGUCAUGGAAGAGUACCACGUCUACUCAUCAACAACCAAGACGUCGGUGCCAAUGACCAUGGUGGUUUUGAAUGGGACACCAACCCAUUAAUGGAUGUUAAAUGGAUAGGUGAUUGUCAACAAGGUGUAACUGAAUUAAUUCAAUUAUUAAAUUGGUAA